AUGGCCCUUUUGUGCGGGCAUUGCACUUCACUCAGUGGCAGCAGCGGCAUGCUUAGAGCAUCAGCUGCUGACAGUGAGGUCGUGCAUGCAAGUCCCAGCCGGACAGAGCCCCUGGAGCGGGUCGAUGUUGAUGCGUCUUCGCCACGUGACAAGGUCACUGGCUUACGAAGGAUCUUUCGACUUCGAACAGCUUCAUGGGUAUGUUUCCUGGUGCUGAUGGGUAUUAUGUGUUCAGUGCCAGCAAUGAUGUUUCAGCCACAUGGACAUGGUGGACAGAACAGCAUGCGGAUGCCGCCUCGUUGGGAGCCGGAAAGCAAUCUUUCGUUCAGGUCCUGGAUGCAAGACUUGAUGUUGUGGACCAUAGUGACGGACAUGACGCCACCACAACAGUGUGCCGCCAUUAUCAGUCAGCUUGGUGGUGCUGCGAGAGACCUCGCAAGAGCUUUGACCCCAGCUGAAGUGUACAACGGCGGUAUAGUGAAUGGUGUACAACUUGAUCCUGUCAGUUACUUGCUACAGGGCUUGCAAUCGAAGUUUGCUCCUCUUGACGAGGAAACUAGGUUGGGCGCCGCCCAAGACCUCUUGACUUUCACCAGGCGCCAGGGAGAGACGGUGGAUACUUUAAUAUCCCGCUUUGAGCUGACUCGCCAGCGAGCACGCGAUGAAGGCGGAGGAGCAGUGUCCAUUGAGACUGGUGCCCUGCUGUUGCUCAGGGCGUGUGGGGUUUCUUCAGAGCAGUUUCAGACUUUGACUCAACCGUUUGGGCUACGUCUGCCCAACACCGAGCAGGAGUUCACAAACAUGUGCCAUCACUUGAGACGUAUGGGUCAUAUUGUUGAGCGUUUUCCCAACAACAUAGCUUCCGGCCUUCGCUCCAAUGCCCCCGCUGCUUCAUCCAAUGCAGGUCACACAUACCUCGCCGAGGCCGAUACAGGUUCAUCUGCUGAGUCCCAGAUGCAUUGGCAAUCAGGCGCAGGUGCAACCGGUGGGGACUGGCAGAUGCCAUACGGUGACUCUGCCGAUUGGGCAUUUGCAGCGUACGAUGUCCCAGGUGAUUUUUCCGAUACUGAGUCUGCAACUAGUUCUGACCGUGAAGAAGCAUUUGCAGUUGACGAUCUGCAAGGAAUGUCGGCGUCUCAGGCCGACGAGUACUUGUUUGGCCAGUAUCAGGAGGCCAAGCGAAGAUGGAGAAGGUACACCGGGAAGCCAGUUCGUGCAUUGCGGCGAGUUCUUCGAAGGAAAGGAAAGGGCAAAGGGAAAGGCAAAGCACCGAGGCAAGGCUUCUUGAACAUUGCAGAGCUGUUGCGCUGCCCCCAGCGAACUAGUGCCCAGCCGCCGGCAACUGCAGCACCAAGUGCUGCUCGUGGACAGCAGCCGGAGCCGUCCUACACCGUGCAAUCUGCUUCGACAGGCCUCCACUUCGCGGCGUUCGAGUCAGAUGGCUCUUGGGCCCAGGUGCAGACGCCAAGAUCCAUUGCAUCAUCCUUCAGGCCCGCUGAGCCGCAGCCCGAAACAGCAGAAGCCACUGCUGGAGAAGCCGAACAUCAGUUGCCGCAGGCAGCCCAGAACUCUGGCCCAGCCGUGCAUGAGCUUUCUCCCGACCCCUGGACGCAGAAUCCCGAUCCGUGGAUGUCUUGGUACCAGGAGUCCGCCCAAAGAACAAGUGAGCACUUGCCCUCGCUGCAGACCCGCCGAGCUUCUUGGCCCACCGAGCUGAGCACACAGUGGCAGGUGCCAGGCAUAGGCAAUGUUGGAAUCCCUCAGUCGUUCAACGAACUGCUUGGAAUCAGUAGACAGCCACCACCGCCAUUGCCCGAGCAAAUGUCGCGACAAUCUUCGGUGCCCGCAUGGUUUAGCGGAAUGCAGCAUUCGAUGUCCCAACUGCAAGCAGCUGCAGCACAGCGCGCGGAUCACAACUCCGAGUCGAAUCGGCCACAGCAGUCCCCUGCUGUUGCCUCAGUGUUCGCUCGGCCAACUUUUCAGGCUUUGAGACCUGUUGUGGCACCUCAGCCCUCAGUGCAGCCGUCUGCCGCGCGCAGCAAUCCGCUUUCGAUGAUCAGUCAGGUGCAGGCCCUUAGGAGCACACAGCAUGAUCGGCGCAGCCUCCCACUAUCAAGUGAUGCAGCUGGAGUGCCUCAGGCCAGCAGUACCCCAUCGCAGGGAACCCAGCACUACCACAGUCACGGUGUUACCUGCACCAUUUGCCUUGAUGAGUUCGGCCCGGGAGACCAUGUGGUUCGCCUGACAUGUGGCCACACUUUUCAUGCCAUUUGUGCCGGUGAGAUGUCCAUGCACAAUGAGGUGACGGCCGCCAGCGAUGGCCUGUUAUACCUGGAGUGCCCUAACUGCAGAGGCAUGGCGUCCGUGGCCCGAGACUGGCACUAUCCUCGCCUAACAGCAGUGCGCCGAACCACCGAUGCCCAAGCAUCAAGUUCAGACGAUGCUCAGCCUGAGCCUGGCGAGCCUGCCAGCGAUGCCGCCCCAGUUGCAGAGCCGUUGUCUGCGCCAGAGGGUGCAAUGCAUGAUGCACCUGAAGGCAGUGCAGUUCCUCCUGAUACUCCUCGCGCCGGCAGUGUUGCCACCGAGGAGUUCUCCACACCGUCUGCCGAAGCCUCCUUUCCGUGGUGGCCUGUUGCACCCCAGCCAGAUGCCGACGGCAUUCAGCCGCGCAUCUCUGAUGAUCCGCCCAGUCAGCCCAGCACUUCGUACCACAGCAAUGUCAGGCUUGCCGAUGGUAGAUUGGGGUUAUUGGUUGACCCGGGAUCGUAUGGGAACCUAGUAGGUGAGUUGUGGCUGCAAUCCGCAACAGCGCAAACAGGCAAGGCGUCUGAAAUCCAGGAGCGCAGCCAACCCCUCCAGGUCGGUGGUGUUGGAAAGGGGGCACAGAUGUGUAUCAAUGAAUGCAGGAUGCCGAUCGCUCUUCUUCGUGAGGACGGCAGUGCAGCCACGGGUUCCUUUAGCAGCCCCGUAGUCCAAAUGUCAGGUUGUCCUGCACUCCUUGGUUUGCGAACGUUGCAGCAGAACAAUGCCAUACUUGAUAUGCGCACAAAUCAGUUGCAUUUUGCAGCAUCGGACAAGGUGACCAUUGCCCUUCCGCCUGGCAGCGAAACGUUUCAACUUGAAGCUGCCGCCAGCGGUCAUCUACUGCUUCCUUGCUCUGCAUUUGAACAUGUGUCAGCGGCCGCGGUUCAAGGUGAACAUCAUUUGUUUGCCGACAACAAGGCCGCUUCAGAAGCUGUGCCAGCACCGUCCACAGGAGCAAGCACCGCAUCCACUUCCAUGCAGCUGCCUAGCGAGUUUGAUUACCUGUUGACCAAUGCUGAACUUCAGCUAGCGACGUCCUUUGAAGAGCGCAGCGCUGCAGUACUCCAGAACUUCUCAUACGAGGCAGCAGCUGGCUUAGUGCAAGAAGCUCUUGUGAGCUGGGCCGCCGCAGCUCGUGCCUCAGAUCACCAGCGCUUUGCCCAUGCGUCCGGCAUCACCCGCUGCUUCGGUCUGUACUCUCACGGUGGAGAAUAUGGAUUGACAAAUGCCACCAAAGCUCACCCCUGCUUCGCACAGCUGCUGUGCAAGAUGAUGACCGAAAAGGGAGCGCAACUCCCAUUCACUUCAAUUGCUCUCUCAUAUGAUGUCGCAGCUCCCAUCCACAUUGAUCGGUUCAACAAAGGUACCAACAUGAUGUUGCCAUUGAAGGUGCCUCGAUCUGGCGGCGGACUGUGGAUUGAAUUGCAGAAAGGCUCAACUGUGAUUGGCGACAUUGAGAUUCGCAAGCAUGGCCCAACCACAUAUGUUGGCCAAAACCUGCCAUUGUGUGAGAACCAGAUUCUCACCUUCGAUCCGAAGGUGCCUCAUGCCACUGAGCCGUGGACUCAGGGCCAUCGAGUUGUGGCAACUGCAUAUGUCAAUGGCAGUACCAGCAAGUUGACCCCAUCACAGUCAAGCGCGCUGAAGGAGUUAGGCUUUGUGCUACCAGGUCGUCAGGUGACUUUUGCAAGCACCGAAUCCAGAGCCACAGAGCCACAGAUUCCAGCAAGAACCGAAUCCUCAGCCACAGAGCCGCAGAUUCCAACAAGAACCGCAUCCUCAGCCACAGAGCCGCAGAUUUCAGCAGGAUCUCACGAUACCGACUCUGCGCAUCUUGCCAGUGGCCCUACACCAGAGGACAUUUCUACCAGGCAGGUUCCACUGACCCGCAAGGCAAACCGUGCAAGCAGUCAGAAAAUGUCCUUUGUCAAGCGUGUGCUACUUGUCUCCCUCUUUCAUUCCUCCGUGUCUGCUUUCAUGCAAGCAGGUUGGGAAUCCGUGCGCGUCAGACCCACCGAGCUUCUCAGGGACAGCUUUGAUGAUCUGAUUUACAGAGUCAAGCGUGAUGACUUCCAGGCAAUGUGGGUCGACUUGACAGAUCCCAGGCAGUUCGGAGGUGAGGAGCGCCAUUCCCAAGUGAUGUCUCGACUUACUGUUCUCAUGUCAUGGGCGUCUGUGUGCCCAUAUGCGUGGCUGCCGUGCGUCGUGCGGUGCAAACCGGGCACCGUGCACAUGUAUGAUAUCGACUUACCCCGUCAGCCUGGGAGCUCAAAGGUGCGCAGUUCAGCAGAGUGCUGUGUGGUUGCUCACAUAGUAGCUGCUCUGGAAGAGGCCCUGCCAAGCAGUGCCAUUCCCGAGCCUGCAAGACCUUCCGACCAAAUAUGCACCACGACAAGUCUUCUUGCUCAGGAGUCGCACGCUGCUCCAAGUACAGGAUCGAGCACAGGCCGACAACGUCAGCCACAAGCUGUUGUGUCGGCAUCUAUGAUCACAGCCAGCGACCCUGAUGCUCAGUCAUGCCCAACUGCUCCUCGCGCCGAGCCGGAGCAAACCUGUGCAUUUCCUACAGAUCAAAAGCUACAGCAAAAGCAACGCAAACAAGCACUGAAGGCCAAAGGCAUGGCUACCAUGAGUACGCGUCAUCGAAAGCCUGUGGAGCAGCAUCAUGACGACUGCGGUGAAUCACUGUCUUCCCUGAAUCUCGAAGUUACCUGUCUGACAUGGCAUUCGUCAAGUGAAAGUGAAGAUGAACGUGCAGAUGAUGCUGCCGCCUUGACGAUGCCCCUGCUAAACUCACUCACGCUGUGGUCGCUUGAAGGCAGUGCAUGUGGCCAACCGCCAACACCAGCGCCACAUUCAGUCCUUGCAGUUGAUGUUGAAGAAAUGUUUGCCAUUCUGUCAUGCCCUGACUACCGACCGUGCGGCAUUGAGGUCGUUGAGCUGUGCGGUGGUCGCACGCCAACCUCUUAUCUCUGUGUCAAAAGGACCCUGCACUCAGGAAGCAACUUUGAGUUGAUUGCUGGAGCUAACUUUGCAGACGAUGCAGUGCAGCAUAAAGUCUUGUCUUACCUCUCCAGCGCUCAGCCGCUGAUUGUCCUCAUGACACCGUAUUGUAACUCACAGCAGGCCUCCCCGCACAAUGCCUCACGUCAGGGUCCCUCAGAUGCCAGGUCAUCGCAACUAGCGCACUUCUGUGGAAAGGUUGCGCUACAUCAACUACAGCAAGGCCGAUACUUCCUUGUGGAACAGCCGUUCCCCAGCUCACUUUAUCUGUGCCCACCAUGGCCACAAGUCCGUGACAAGCCUGAUGUUCUGCGAGUUGUCUUUGAUCAGUGCAUGAUUGACCAAGAAUCAGGUCGUGCACCCGCCCAGCGCCGUGUGGAGCUGCUGGCCAACUGUGCGGAAGUGCUAACUCCGUUUGCCAACUUGCGCUGUGAUGAGGGACAUCAGCACAUCAGCUCUCAAAGCUGCAAUGGCCCGCAAGCGCGAGCUCUGCCGUAUCACAUGUGCACUCGCCUUGCAUUCGGUUUGGAGGGUCAGCAUACCCUUCUGUUGCAACUGGUCCCAGUGAUGAAGGUGAAGUCAAGGAAGGAGAGUGCAAGCAUCCACAUGCACCAUCCCUUCACUUCGACUGCCCAGCAUGUAAAAAUCAUCGAAAUCGUGCAGACCCAGGUCACACCUUCGGCCGAGCCCACUCAAGCAUUACGUCCUUCAAAGGCUCUCACUCAGGCCGAGCGCAGCGCAGCUGACAUGCACGACGCCAUUCAGCCGGACCCGCAUGCAGCUGCAUCCGGAGCAAGACAGAUGCCAUUGGCUGAUGACGCCGAUGAUCCUCAGGCCCCUGCAGCACCAGCCGAGGCAAGAGGCCGUGGCCCCGACAUUGAGCCUCGAGUUCGCCGAACCUGGAGUGAAGCUGCAGUGCAGCCUGAGGCAGGUGCUGAUUGGACAAGCUUUGACGUGCAAACUUGCAUCCGUGGGCUGCGCCACGGCACAGAAGCUGACCGCCGUCGAAUCCUCCGAAAGCUUCAUCUCAGAUGGUUUCAUUGCAGUUCGGAUCGCAUGCAACGACUUCUUCGGGCAGCAGGCUUGCCGAAAGAUGUCUGCGACCUUGUCCCCGCCAUCAAUGACACAUGCCGUGUCUGUCAGCAUUGGGCUCGCCCUGCAACAGAGACCAAAGCGAGCAACAGGAUGGUCUUAGGCUUCAACAUCGAAGUCGAAGGUGACAUCAUGUUCUGCAAGCUGCGUGGUGUUCAACACGCCAUUCUGGUGCUUGUCGACCGAGGAGUACGUUGGACUUCAGUUGGUCUCCUGCCCAGUCGCCAAACGACUGAUCUGCUUAGCAGCAUUGACAGAACUUGGAUUGCCAUUUUCGGACCAAUGCAGGUCCUUGUCUUUGAUGGCGAGAGCGGAUUGGACGAUGAUGAAUCCUCAGCCUACUUUGCCAUGCGAGGAAUAACAAAGAGAACGUCAGCACCAAAUCAGCACACUCGGAUUGCCGAUAGAAAGAUUGCCAUUCUCAGAGACACAAUCCACAAGAUUGGCACCCAGCUGCAGGAAGAAGGCAUGACGAUCCCCUUUGAACGCAUCAUGUAUGAUGCUGCAUUUGCCUUAAAUGCCCUUACGUCCAUCAAUGGGUGUUCCCCGUACGUUGCUGUGAUGGGUCGGCAACCUGCCUUGCUACCUGCCGAUGACAUGGCACUUCCCGAUGCAGUGCCAGACAUUAUGUCCCGUCACACGCACCGAUUGCGUGAGGUGGCUGUCCAAGCCAUUGCAGAAGGUACUGCACGUGAACGUCUGAAGCGUGCUUUGAAAACCCCAACAAAGCCCGCAGCAGAGGAGUUUGAAUUCAAGGUAGGGCAGCCUGUUGAUUACUGGAGAGAACCGGUUUCCAAGGACGUUUCAGGUUGGAGAGGCCCGGCCACGAUCACUGAUCUCACGCGCCUGUCCCAUGGUCGCAUCGGAGUGCGAACAAGCGCCGAUCAGAUGAUAACGUGUCGUGUUCAAGAUGUCCGGCCUAGUUUAACAUAUCUCUCUGAAGAACUAAGCGCAUUCUUUGGGGUACCAGACUUUGCAUCGCCUGUGCACAGCCAAGCAGGACAGGCCCAACAACAUGCUCAAGCUGUUGUGGACGCAUUGCGUACUGGUACAGUUCUGAGCUUGGGUCAUAUCAGGACUGCUGAUGGCACAUGGGUUGAGACUCCAACAACCCCACACCACCGUGCAACCUACCAGGCUUGCAUGUUUCUGGCCGAGACAGUAUUCAAUCUUGAGUCUGUAACUGCUGUCCGCCUUGCAAAGGGAGUGCGUACCCUGACCCAUCGUGAAGAGUUCAGUAUGACUCUGAGUUUGUGGUGGACCACACAUGGGUCCAGACAGAUCGAGUUCAUCCACGCUGACAGUUCCAAGAUGUCAAUCGUUGACCUUUGCGGGCAAGAGUGGAACAACGUUCGCAUAAUUCAGUUCUUGUGCGUGCCAGGAGCCGAAGAGUGGGCAACAAGCCAACGGUGGUCCGAGCCACCCAUUCUUGACCAAGGCCAGGAUGCAGAAGGAGCACCGGAUACAGACCAGGCAUCACGCCUUUCCACCAUUCAGGAAGGUUCAACUGAAGAUGGGAGCUCUGAGGCCCCAGCCGAAGCUGCGAUCAGUAUGCAUGCACUGUGCGAAAUGUUUGGUGAUUCCAUUCCACCUCAGCAUGUGCAAGCCCUUCGUGAAGCAUAUGCAGCUGUCACGACUGAGCCAGCUCCGACCACAGUUGAACGUGACAGUCUGAAGGCUUUGAGGGCUGCCGACUGUCAGACUUGUGAUCCUUCCGCAGAAGUGCCAGCUUGGAGUGAUGCCAAUAUGCCUGAAGCUUGCUAUCUGCUCACGGAAGAGCAGUUGUCAACAGCCCUGGCCGAUUGCAGUAACGAAUACGUAGCCCUCGACGCAGACGACACUGGAGCCUAUGUGGCUUUGGAAGCAUACGGCGAUGCCUGCAAGUUGGUUGAAGGCUUAUCUCGCUUGCCCAAUGCCGAUGAGCACGUUGAGAUUCGCAUGUAUGAGUCGCAUACGCGAAAGGCUGUCAUUGAAAGGUCCGACGACAUUCUGACAGCCGAUGAACAACGUGAGUAUGCAACCGCUGUUACUGAAGCCAUAGUGCGCGAGCUGAAGACGUGGGAAGGUUACAAAUGCUUUGCCCGUCGACCACGAGCUGAAGCACCCUGCGUUAUCGAUGUGCGUUGGGUCUUCAAGUGGAAGAUCAUAAAAGGGGUUCGCACAAUACGUGCGAGACUGUGCCUACGUGGGUUCAAAGAGACUGGUGCCGAUGACCAGUCAAAUUAUGCCGCCACUGCAGCUAGGUUCUCGCAGAGACUCAUUGCCAGCGAAGGAGCACUGCGGCAGUGGGUUAUUGCUUCUGCCGAUGUUCCGAAGGCCUUCCUUCAAGGUGUCAGCUACAAGGAGCUAUCGGAGGAAACGGGUCGUCCGAUGAGGGAUGUGUCCUUCGAGCUUACUGGCGAAGCAUUGCGGUGCCUACAGCAUCUACCAAUGUUCAAGGGCUUUGAUGCGCGUCAUGAAGUCUUACAUUGCUUGAAGCCCGGCACUGGUUGCCGGGAUGCGCCGAAGUGUUUUUCCAUCAAACUUAAGAAAGUUACAGCUUCCUUUGGUCUCGUCAGCAGCAGCGUGGACGCUGAAUUGGAAUUUCUGUUUGAUGAUGGAAAUCGACUCCAGAUGGUGUUGGUCAAGCACGUUGAUGAUCUAAAGAUGAUUGGGGCAAAGGAAACCAUUACCCGAUUUGUGCAGCAUCUGUCUGCAACCUUCGGGCCAAUGGAGAUUGAGUGGGGCUCAUUCACUUUCUGCGGGGUGAAGCACACACAACGUGACGACAUGAGCAUUUCUCUUGAUCAGAUGAAGUUCUUGAGCGCAUGUAAGCCAAUUGUCCAGCCGGCAGCUCUAUCUGGAGGACCGGAGCAGUUGCUUCCAGAAGGUGCUCGGAGGCACUUCUUGAGCCUCCUUAUGACAUUGGCGUAUGGCUUGUUAACACGUCCCGACAUCUCGGUGUUCAUUGCAGCACUGCAAAGAGAAUCCCAUCAAGCUAAGGUUAUUCAUGUGAAGCGCCUGAACCUUUUGCUCAAAUGGGUCCAAGCAAAUCCCCGCUGCUUGAACUACCCCGUCAUGCCGUAUCCCGACAUGUUGCUUCAGAUUUCAGAUGCAGCUUUCAAGGCAAAGGCUACUGAUGGUUUGUCGAUGAGAGGCUUGAUCAGUGUGCGAGUGAACUCAGCUGAUGUUGAGUCGGGGAAGCAAAACAUCCAGUGCCACUUGGUUGAUUUUGCAAGCAAACAGCAGCGUCAUGUGACACGCAGCACAUUUUCUUCUGAAUUGUUUGCUGCCACCGAUGCUACAGAUGCUGGUCUUGUCAACACCGUGACAAUCCAUGAGAUGAACAAUGGAGUAUUGUCUUUUUGUGACGCGAGACAUGUCAUUGAAGGCAGCAAGCCCUGUUCAGUCUUGCUUGGCUUGGUUUUGGAUGCCCGUUCAGUUACAGCUGCCACAGUCGCAGCACACGUCAAGGUGCCUGCUGAGCCAUCUUUGCUAUUGCACGUUUGUUGGAUACGAAAUCUUCUUCAAACAAAGAGAUUGCAUCGACUGUACUGGUCAGACACGCGAAGCAUGACUGCCGAUGGAAUGACCAAAGGCAGUGUGGGAAGAGAGCAGAUUAUGUCAGCGAUGAGCGGUGAACUGCAAAUCUUGCAGCCCUACGAGAUUCAGCAAUUGCAGCUGGGUGUUGGCUUCGAAAAAUUGGAGCAGGAGGAGGGCUUGCGCGUGCACAAGGUUUGUUCGGAGAGCCGUUCUGAGAAGAGGCACAACUACAUCGACCACAAUGGCCUACUCCGUGGGCAUAAGCUGCUGCCCGGCGACUUCGUGGUGAUGGUAAACGGCAAGAGCAGCAGGACAGAGAUGAUGGAGGAAUUGAGAAGUGGCCGGACUGUCUUCGCAGCCCCAGCAGAAGGUGCAGUUCCUGUGAUCUGGCGCUUCCCCGAAAACCUUCCGGCGCUGGAGGCACCCCCGAUGGCACAGCCCUCCGUGACAUGCGCGGAUCAGCCAAGGGCGGAGGUCUCCUGGCAAGCUCCGGCCGUAGAACACUUUGCGCCGGAGGAAGAUCAUCCACCUUCACCGCCACCGGGAUUGGUGCAGCGCGAUGAGAGGCCACCCGUCGCUGAAAGGAGUACAGAGGUGCCUGGUGGGACGCCACCGGAGCCUGCGCAGGCCACUUCGUCAGCGGCUGCACCUGAGCCGUGGGACGAGCAGCCUGAAAAGGCAAAUUCAUCGGCGGCUGCGCCGGAGCCGUGGGAGGAGGUGCCUCAGGGGUCUCGGCUGGAACCGGUGCAGGAAGCGGACGGCUCGCCCCAAGAGUCGGAUCCCGACGGCUACUUGCCUCCGCCAUGGGCUGCAGAGGAGCGCGUCAAAAGAGCUGUGACCGAAGCGUUGCAUGAUCCGGUCAACCUCGCCGAAAGUGCGCAGCAGCGCCCCAGCACUUCGACGGAGACCUUUCCUGCCGAGGCCGCAAACGGAGCCUCACAUCGCCAAGAGCAUGUGGACAACUCUGACGUGAAAGAAUUGGUGGCCAUCGUAGCCUAUGAUGCUGUGGAGCCCUCCAAAGGCUACUUGCCGUGUGAACCGGGCGAUCGCAUUCUUUGCAAGCUCGAGUUUAUCGCACCCGCCGAGGAGGGAAGUAGCUACGCUUGCGACUACAUCUACGGCUGGCCAAUAGGAGAGCCCGACCACGCUGGCGGCUGGCUGCCCGUUGACUGCGUACGAACACUCGGCAACGAUGCGGUCACAGUCACGUAA